AUGGUCGCGGCCGACAGCUACGCCAUCAUGUCACCUCCGGACUCACCUCCCGCGACGCAACACUGGGAAGGCCGCGCCCCCGAGAUCAAGGAGUAUAUGGCGGGAAAGUCAGGUCGACUCGCCCCCAGAUGGAUCCAUGAUCUACUCCAUUCGGAAUUGGACGUCGGCUCGUUCGUGCGUAUAGAAUGGGAUCUAGAUGCCGGCUGCAGUCGCCAUACCCUUGUUCCGGUUGGCAACCAGAGCACAGCGGAUACCGCGAACCCGGGUGUACUUUCGUGCGUCUGCACCACCUGCAACUACCACUUCAUCAUCAGGACCGCAUGGGAUGCCGAUCGCCGAGUCAACUUGUGCGAGCCGUUUCCUCACCAUUUCCCUCCCAAGGAAACAGAUUUUUACCUGCAUCACUUGGUCAGCGUCAAACAACCCCCUCAGCACCAUGACUUUACAUCUCAUUAUCACCCGUCAAUUCGAGAGUCUCUCAUCGCCGUCGAGCACUUCGCUUGCUCCGCACCUCGCUGCACCUUCCAGGUGACAGCCGAGAUAUCGCGUCCCCGCCUCAAACGUGAGUGGGUGCAAUUGCUCAUCGACCAGGAACGGAUCUUGAGCAAUCUGAAGACUGCUCGCAAGGAGUCGCCCGAAAGAUUCGCCGACGCCAAGGACGAGUGGUGCAGCAGCGCACCUUCGACUCUCAACACCUACUUGAGAGACCUGCUAGACCCCAAAACACUCCCUCGCAACAUAUCCAAACGAAACAAGCGGUUCCAUGUUGUUUUUGGAGAGGAGUGCUACGCCAUCUUCAGAGCAGUCCAGUUCACCGAGGAAUCAAUUGGCAAGGACGGCGUGCCGGAGCCUUAUUUUAUCCCCCCAACCCUGGAACCCAGCAACCCGGGCACGCCAACGGAGUUGAAUACCUUGCGCGCGUUUGUGGAAGACAUGCAAGCGGAGGCUGAGAGCCUCAUCACUCGAAACGGUGGAAAUGAAACCCGGACCGAGGCGGGAACUCGAAUUUAUAAACUACUUCAGUGCCUGGACUUCCCGCGGAACCAGAACGCCCAUCAAGCGUCUGACGCACACCGAAUAUUGGGAGUUCUGCCUGACUUUAACAAAGCUCUCAUCUUCUACGCCUACAAGCGACAGUCGUCCUUAUCCGAGCAACGACGUUCCGUUUACGCAGAGGCCCUUUGCAAGAUUGCACAGGAGACACCAGACGAGGAUUUCCAGACGCAGGCGGUUCAAGAGCUGACCAUGGUCGGAACCUUGCCCACAGCCGACCAUCAUGGCGCCGGUGACGAUUUGCAACAACAAGCAUACUCUUUCUUCAGCCUACAACACACAGCUUCCCGUGACGCAGUCAUUUCUGCAUACGAUAAGAAGGUGGAACACUCGCCUUCGCAAGCCGAUCUCGCGAAGAACAUGCUGCAAAUGAUCGGGCGUCACAGAUCAGACGAAAUAAUCUUCAAUCACGCCAGCGGCCCCAUGUUCCUGCCCAUGGACCUGGCAGCGGCCUACCGUUCCCUGGACUGCGAUCCAGAAUGGCCAGAUGAACAUGUACGAAUGCUGUGCGAGGUCAAGAUAAAUAAGAACCCGGAGGACAAAAUUGCCGCAGAACAGACGGUCAAGGCAUUGGAGGUCAUCGCAGAGGAUAGGGAAAGCAGCGAUCUACGAGAAGCGGUUUUCGCUCUUCGAGGGGGCUUGCAACUGCCGGCCGAGGGUGCGCAUGAAGGAUCGCACACCAAUAGCUCUGGGCAACCUGCUACGGCUAGGCUCGAUAUACCCGCUGGACUUAAAAACAUUGGGAACACAUGCUAUCUGAACAGCAUCCUGCAGUAUCUGAGAACCGUCACGCCUCUCACGAACUUGCUCACACAAUACCCUCUCCAUCAACUCGGCCAAGACGCUCAAGACAUCGAGGAUCGGCUCCUGGGAGGCAACAAGACAAAGGUCACGAAGGAGGAAGCCGCAAUCGGUCGUAUUCUCGUCGAAGAGCUUAACAACCUGUUAAGCGACUUAGACAAUACUCAAAAGGCCUACAUCCAACCAUCUCAGCGUCUCGCCAACGCUGUUCUCCUCGGCACGGCACAAAUCAAGGAAAGCUCGAAUGCAGCAAACAACAAGCAAAAUGAAGAGCAUAAGGACGAGGGGCAGAAACAACAAGUGACGGGCGCCCAACCGGCCACACUUCCUCCCCCGCCACUGCCUGCGCGUCCUGCCCCGGUGCCGCCAAAGAAUGUUGAACAUGUGGAAGACACGAACAUGGUCAAUGUCACAGUUGAUCCCGUCUCUGGGUCUGCUAGUAGCGUAAGCUCGCAAACUUUGGUCAGCAUGCCGGAUGCUGGUCAGGAGAAAGAUCACGAUGUAGAGGACAAAAGUGAUAUGGAACCCAUCCUCGAACAAGACGACAUGGCUGCACCCAACCCGAGCAAGGACAAAGACGUGCAAAUGCCCGACGCGGAGUCACAGGCGCUCAGCACCGAUGAGAUAGUCCGCAAGGCUCUCGAAACGCAGAAGCGCUCAUCUGGCACGGACCAACAAGAUGUGACCGAGGUGAUGGGCAACAUCAUCACUCGUCUUCAAGCUUCGAUCAGACGAACCUCAACUUCCGCUGAUGGUGUUCAGCUUGAGCCCAUCAUGGAGACAUUAUUCGUCGAGUCGGUCGAACACAAAAAGAUGCCCAAUCAGGAAGGCUUCAAUACUCAGUCGGCCUGUGAGUUUUAUAUCUGGGCUUAUCCGGCCGCAAGCGGACCAUGCACUAUCCACGAAGGACUCAGCCGCAACUUCGAUUUGCAACGAGCCGAGGGAAACGGAGGUGACGUGUGGAUGUACACCUCAAUCAAGAAGCUUCCGCCCGUUUUGCACAUCGUCAUCCAAAGGACACAGCAGAACGGUGAAAAGAACAUGAAUCCCGUUGAGGUAUCAGAGAUGCUGUAUCUCGAUCGGUACAUGGACACGCCUGAGGAUUCGCCGUUAUUCAAGCGCAGACAAAAGGGGUGGGGCUUGCAAAAACGCCUGAGGGAAUUGGACGGCAUUCCAAAGACACCAGAUGAAGAUCUGACUGCUUUAGAUAAGUUUACCAGCGACUUUGUGUGCAACGGUAAUUCGUCGCCAAGUGAAGGAGAGUCGACUCCAUCGCUUCUAGCCCAGCCACCGAGUUCAUCAUUAAGUUUUGCGGGCGAGGACAUCGAUAUACCUACCUACACUCCGGAAUCAGAACCUUCUUACGUGAAGGUCGACCUACCUCCCGUGGCGGCUCCAGAGACCCGUCAGCGGGUCAAUCAGAUGCGCGCGGAAGAAGUCGAGAUCCACAAGGCUGAGCUGGAAGCGCUGUUCUCUGAGCACAAACAGCAGGCAUAUCGUUUGCACGCAGUCAUUUGUCACAGUGGUGGUCUCUCUGCAGGCCACUACUGGGUCUGGAUCCACGACUUUGAACGUGAUGUCUGGCACAAGUAUAACGACGAGAAAGUCACUGUGUGCGAGAGUACGGACACGGUUCUGGAGACUCUGAACAGCAAUGGUGAUCCCUAUUACCUUUGCUACGUACAGGACGAGAAGAAGCUCGACUUGGUCCGAGUACCCCAGAGGCACGCGUCGCAAGACAUCGACGGCGACGUCGUGUUGCCUGACGCCCCCGGAGCUCUCAACGAUCAGUGGAAUGGAUAG